AUGGGAUCCGCCGCCUCCGCCGCCUCCGACGCAGCGCCGCCAUCGCCUUCUCCAGCGCAACCACACGGGGCCGCGCCGCCGUAUGGGGUUGGGCUCGCCGGCAUCCUCCCUCCGAAGCCGGAUGGGGAUGAUAAGAAGGAGGAGAAGGUGGACUACCUCAACCUCCCUUGCCCCGUGCCCAUUGCUAAACUGCCAGUUGAUGUAUAUGUGUGUGCUCUUAUGGUUGUGUCUCUGAAGCCUGAACUUUUUGAAGGUUUGAGGUUUGACUUCACAAAGAUGUUAACCCAGAAGUUCGCUCUUAGCCAUAGUGUCCUUAUGGGUUCCCUGGAAGUUCCAUCUCAGUCAGCUGAUGUUAUAAAAGUCCCAACAUCACAGUAUGAAUUUGGUGCCAAUUUUUUAGAUCCAAAGUUAAUGCUUAUCGGAAGGUUGAUGACUGAUGGAAGGCUGAAUGCUCGUGUGAAAUGUGAUCUGACAGAGAAUCUCGCGCUGAAAAUAAAUGCGCAGCUUACUAGUGAGCCUCAUUACUCUCAAGGGAUGUUCAACUUUGACUACAAGGGCACAGACUAUCGAGCACAGUUUCAAAUUGGAAACAAUGCGUUCUAUGGGGCAAAUUAUAUCCAGAGUGUUACGCCAAAUUUGUCGAUGGGAACAGAGAUAUUCUGGCUUGGUCAGCAAAGGAAGUCAGGAAUUGGAUUUAAUUCUCGCUACAAUACAGAUAAGAUGGUGGGUACUCUACAGGUUGCUAGCACUGGUAUUGUUGCGUUAAGUUAUGUCCAGAAAGUUUCUGAAAAGGUUCUAACUUGUAAGUAUACCGAAGUGCAGGUGUCUCUUGCUACUGACUUUAUGUAUAACCACAUGUCCAGAGAUGUGACUUCCAGCGUUGGUUACGAUUAUAUCCUUAGGCAGUGCCGUCUAAGGGGCAAAGUUGACUCAAAUGGUGUCGUUGCUGCAUACUUGGAGGAGAGAUUGAACAUGGGUGUGAACUUUCUUCUGUCUGCAGAGAUUGACCAUCCAAAGAAGAACUACAAGUUUGGUUUUGGAAUGACUGUAGGAGAAUAG